AUGUCACCCACCCACGCCGACGAAAUUUCAGCUCUCCUCCAUGCUUACGGCAAAGCUCUGAAAAGCCGAAAUGUGGACGAAGCAGUCGCUCUUUACACGGAAGACGGGGUCAUCAUGCCGCCGCACUUCUCGGCCAGUACAGGCACUGAGGCUCUACGCGACUCAUACACACGCAUUUUUGCAACCAUUCAGCUCGUUAUCACCUUUCAGAUUGAGGAGAUCGUUGUUAUGUCUCCGGAGUGGGCUUUUGCCAGGACGACGGCUGAGGGAACCAAAACGAUACUUGCCACUCAGGAGUCUGAGCCACAUGCGAAUCAGGAAUUGUUCAUCUUGAGGAGGGAGCAUGGGAAGUGGUUGAUUGCUAGAUACGCCUUUUCUAGCAUGAAGCCGUUGGUGCAGAAUGGAAUUCGACGGAGUUAG